CUCACGUUGAAUACAUCGUCGAACUAUUUAGGUUAUCUAACAAACAGCUCGUUUUCAGCCUCAUGAAAAACUUUUGAGAUUUGGCAUGGGACGUAAAGUGACUCUUGCAGCUUGUAGCUUAAAUCAAUGGGCCCUAGAUUUCGAGGGAAACUUGAAAAGAAUUCUUCAGAGCAUCAACAUUGCUCGCGCACAUGGAGCGACUUACAGACUCGGUCCUGAGUUGGAAAUUCCCGGCUACGGUUGCAAUGACCAUUUCCUGGAAAGCGACACGUUACUGCAUUCUUUUCAAGUCCUGGCGUUGUUGUUGAAAUCUCCCGUGACGAAAGACAUUAUAUGCGACGUCGGAAUGCCCGUUAUGCACCGAAAUGUACGGUACAACUGUAGAGUUAUCUUCCUCAAUGGAAAGAUCCUCUUGAUUCGACCAAAGAUGACUUUGGCUUGUGAUGCGAAUUACAGAGAAGGAAGAUGGUUUACAAGAUGGGCGAAGACAAGGCAAACUGAAGAGUACUUCCUGCCUCGCAUGAUAUCUGAAAUUACUGGUCAAGUAACAGUUCCUUUUGGAGAUGGUGUGAUCUCAACAUUGGAUACUUGUGUUGGCACAGAAAUCUGUGAGGAACUUUUCAGUGUAAACUGUCCUCACAUAGCUAUGGCUCUUGAUGGAGUGGAGAUUUUUACAAAUGCCAGUGCAAGUCAUCAUCAACUUAGGAAGUUAAACAAGAGAGUUGAAUAUGUGAAGGAUGCCACUGCCAAGGGUGGUGGCAUUUAUGUCUAUGCCAAUAUGCGAGGCUGUGAUGGAGAAAGAGUUUACUAUGACGGCUGCUCCAUGGUGGCAGUUAAUGGAAAAAUAGUUGCACAAGGUUUGCAAUUUUCCAUGCAAGAGGUUGAAGUUGUAACCUCCACAGUCGAUUUGGAAGAAGUGCGUUCCCAUCGUGGUGCAAAGCCAACAUUUGGUUCAAAUGCAAUGGAUCUCACCCAGAGCUAUCCCAGAAUCAAGGUGGACUUUGCAUUGAGCCGUGAAGAUGAUAUUUCGGUUGCUCCUGCUGAACCCAUAGAUGUCCGUUAUCACACGCCAGAGGAGGAAAUAAGCCUGGGGCCGGCAUGCUGGCUGUGGGACUACCUCAGGAGAAGUGGCCAGGCUGGCUUUUUUCUACCUUUGAGUGGAGGCAUUGACAGUUCAUCAACAGCCUGCAUUGUAAGCUCCAUGUGUCAUCAGGUGUGUCAAGCUGUCAAAAGUGGAGAUCAACAGGUGUUGGAAGAUGCUCGUAGGAUUGUGAAUGACAACAAUUACAUUCCUACCAAUCCCAAGGAGUUUGCAGGCCGUAUCUUUGUUACUUGUUACAUGGGAACUGAAAAUUCUUCCGAAGAAACAAGGAAAAGAGCAAGUAAUCUGGCUGAGGAGAUAGGCAGUCAUCAUAUGGGGAUCACAAUCGAUGCUGCUGUGAGUGCCGUUCUCGGGAUUUUUACAGCAGUCUCGGGUAAAAUCCCGAAAUUCAAGUUACAUGGCGGGACUCACCGCGAGAAUCUGGCUUUACAGAACGUACAGGCUCGUCUGCGCAUGGUGUUAGCGUACUUAUUUGCGCAGCUGAUCAUGUGGGCGCGCGGGCUCCCAGGUGGACUGCUAGUCUUGGGAUCAGCAAACGUGGAUGAAAGUUUGUGCGGCUACCUGACCAAGUACGACUGUUCUAGUGCAGACAUUAACCCGAUCGGUGGAAUAAGCAAAAAGGAUCUAAAAUCGUUCAUUUUCUACUGCGUAGAAAAGUUUAACUUCAGCUCGUUGAUACGAAUCCUUGGUGCACCACCCACAGCAGAGCUUGAGCCGUUAGCAGACGGCCAGAUACAACAGACAGAUGAGGAGGAUAUGGGUAUGACUUACGACGAACUCUCAAUGUUCGGUUGCUUAAGGAAGGUAACUCGUUGUGGACCAUACAGCAUGUUCUGCAAACUAAUCCACACCUGGCGAGGAACUUAUACUCCUGCCAAAGUGGCUGAGAAAAUUAAACGUUUCUUCCGCGCAUACUCAAUCAACCGGCACAAAAUGACAACCCUGACACCCGCCUACCACGCAGAAAACUACUCUCCGGACGACAAUCGAUUCGAUCUCCGACCGUUCUUGUACAACACUCAUUGGUCGUGGCAAAUGCGAUUGAUUGACGAGGAAGUUCGACGACUCCAAGUGGCCGAGGCGUCGUUGUUACGUCACCAGGAGCCUCGCCUUCAUGUCAACAGUGACACUUUGUAUGGAGGCUCUCAUGAUCCACACGCGGGCAACAAUGAGGGCAUGACGUCAUCACCGGUAAAAAGUGAGAGAACUGGAAAUCAAUUUGGCACCGAGGAGCAUCAAACGAGACGUGAGAGACUGGAGCGGACUUUGGAAACGCUGACAAGUUUUAAUCGAGGAACCACAAGGACACAGAACAGGGGAACUCCUCCGUGCCCUGCGCUGAUCCGCAUCAAGUCUGAGCCUGUGGAUCACGAGGAAGGUCGUGCGACCCACGGUGCUGUGGACGACCCGGACAUCAGACCGCGGAAGAGAAGCGAAGCCAACAUGGCGGGAAGCUCUGAUGGGGAGUUUGUCAGUGGAGAGAAGUACAUGCGGAUAACGUCACCUUAGCUGUCGAUUCAGUGAUUUUUCUUUUAUCGCUGAAGGCUGAAAUACCUUCGAUUGGAGUUGGCGUCCUGUAGGUACACCCCAGUAGACGGACUUUGAAGUGUGUCUGAGCUUAGCUCCUGUCGGAGUGAUCUCGAGUGCGUGUACUGUUUUUAGAUUGGGUGACAAUAGUCGGAACUAUGUGCGAAUUCCUCACCGAUGACCUGCCGAUGUGGCCGGUUAUAGGUCCUCUGGAGUACUGACAGUUGUACAAUCACCUGUUGAAUUGUUGAAUUGGAUUCAUGGUGUCAAUGCAAUUGAUUUUUGACGUCAUCCAAUACUUUUCCAACCUCGUUUCCAGGAGUAACUUUGGAGACGAGGCUGAGCAAGCACAUAGAGAGAGAGAGAGAGAGAGGCCCUUGAAUUGUCAAAGUCUGAAUCUUAACUCUCCUUUCUGGUUGCUUUCCAGAUGCUUGCAAAUUAUUCCAAGGAAUUUGGUGUGACGUCAACCUAACACUCUCCUGUUAUCGUGUUUUUGACCCUCUACACCCUAACAUUGAUAUGUUUAUUCUCCGCUUCACAUGGUACUGACAGGGAGAAUUUGUUUAGGAAUCUAGAGCUGCAUGAGUUGAUUUAGGGGUGAUAUGGUAUGGAGAAACAAGAUGAUGAUCACUGUAAGCACAAAGGGUUAAUCGCUCGAUUGCAGUAUACUGCACUGUUCUAGUCGGGUGAAGUUGCUGGUAAAUCAUUCCAGGAUUUAAGAGGUCAGGGUCUUGUUGUUCAAAGCUUGGUUAAGGGCCUUUCCGCACUUGGCGUUUUAAAAUUUUAGAAUCCCCGAGUUUUGCAUAAAAAAGAUAAUUUUUUUCCUUUCUCGUAAACUGACUUCUGUUCAAUUACACGCUGGUCGUAGCUUAUACGACAAAUGAUCGACAGGGUUAUCACGGUUUAUUUCUUUAGUCGAUUUUUUCCAGUUUUCAACUGGGACAAUUUUGUCAAAGUGCGUUGGAAGAUAUGUCCGCUUUGGCCAAAAUUUUUCAAGUCGCGACAAACCAUUCGCACUUGUAAAAUGUUAGUGAUGACAGAAAAUUUGUCUAAAUAGACAACUUUUUCGCUAGUGCUGUAAGGCUCUUAAAAUACCUUAGAGUUAAUGAGAAAUCUGGUUGAAGAUCUGAAGGCUUUAAAACAAAAUUUAGGACAAAUAUUUUUGUCUACAAUUUGAUGACUGGAUGCCUUUCAAAGAAGAGAGAAAAUUAUCCUGGAAAGGCUUUUGAACAGAGGGAUGAAGAAACUCAGAUUAAAAUUUAACCCCGGGUUAGCGCUAAGCAGCCUUCGAACAGCUGAGCCCAGUGAGAUAUACUGCGUUCGAAAUGCACUUUACGAACUAUUGAAUUUUCUUGAAAAUUUUUAGUGAUAGUAUCAAGAACAAUUUGUAUUCAGAAUUUUGAUGAAUUGAUAUAAUUACGUCACCAGGUUAUUUGGACACGCGCAAAAUGAGUGUGGUGAAAAAAAAAAUGGAAAGUAAUGUUGUUAUACAAUCCUUUAUUAUAUUUAAUAUUUUGGAGAAAGUGAUAUUAUCGCAAUUCCAAUUGGAAGAGAAAAAAUUGUAGACCAAUUUCUAGUAGUUAGCACAUAUCUUGAAGUUGUUUUAGAUGAAUGCGUGAAUGUGAAAUGUAGUUUUGUUCUGCGUC